AUGGGAUUCCCUACUGGAGAUAGGUAUACAGGCACGCCGGAACAAAAGCAGCAUCUCGAGCGGUCGUAUCUUCGAAAAGCGCAAUUCAUGAGCGAAAAGGGUACGCCGGUGUGGAAUGGCGAGUUCGGACCCGUCUACGCUGAUCCGGCCAUUGAUACGGAUGCUGCGACGGUUAACCAAGAGCGAUACAAUCUCCUAGGCGAACAACUUCGCAUCUACGACAAAUACAAAAUCCACUGGUCGAUUUGGGUGUACAAGGACAUUGGUUUACAGGGUAUGAUUUAUACUGACCCAGAAAGUCGAUGGAACAAAACGAUCCAACCGUUCCUGAACAAGAAGAGGGACUUCUGGCUUGAUAAAUGGGGGCGUCGUCCUGCUGCUGAGCCGGAAGCUGCACUCAAGCCUCUAGUUGAUUGGAUUGAUUCUGCCAGCCCCACGGCUAAGGAUACUUACCCCACAUCAUGGAAUACGGAGAUGCAUGUCAUGCGUAACGUCUUUAAUACCUUUUUGGCUGCUUCGUUUGUGGACGAAUUUGCGGGUUUUUUUGAAGGCAUGGAUGAGACGGAGCUGGAGGAGCUGGCGAAGAGCUUUCAUUUUGACAAGUGUGUGCAGCGCGACGGCUUGAAUGAGAUUCUGAAGGCGCAUGCACAUUUGACUCAAUAG